AUGCCUAGGAUAUUGUUGUUUGCGAGUGACAAGACCAUCAAGCAAGUCUCCUGGGUGUAUACCUUUGGCGGUGGCAUGUUUGACUACGGGAUCACCCUGCGAGGAGUAUAUACCAACAUAUCAAACCUCGUUGAUUCGUUCACGCUCAUGGACUUCUCAAACAACGAGCUCGAAGGUGAGCUCCUCCUCACACUUUCUCGGCUUGUGGGUCUCAUGCAGCUCAACAUCUCGAGCAACAGAUUCUCUGGACGCAUCCCAGUUGGACUCUCCAUGCUUAAGGUGCUGGAAUCACUUGACCUGUCGCACAACUUCGAGGGUGGCAUUCUGCAGGAGAUUGCGUUCAUGCCAGUUUCAGCGUUGCCUACAACAAUCUCAGUGGUCCUAUUCCUACUGGCAACAACCUCAACACCAGUGGUGUUCACCAGCAAAAUCCAGAUGGUCAUCAGCAUGUUCUACAAGUUCCAAGAAGAUGGAGAUCAUUCAAAGCUGGAUUUUACUGCACAGGCAAUCCCACAGCAGCAGUCAACAGGUCGCACUCUCCUCCAAGCUAGAUCUGGAGUUCCAGGUAUGGAUGUAAGUAGCUACCAAGGUAAUGUUGACUGGCCGAGUGCCUACAACAACGUUGCAAGGUUCGCAUACAUCAAGGGCACCGAAGGAACGGGAUACCCAAACCCAUAUUUUUCACAGCAGUAUGUUGGUUCUUACCGUGCAGGUUUCAUCCGUGGAGCAUAUCACUUUGGCCGUCCGGACAUAUCUAAUGGUGCUACUCAGGCGAUGUACUUCCUCACAAAUGGAGGUCGGUGGUCUUCAGAUGGGCAAACACUUCCUGGAGCUUUGGAUAUUGAGUACAAUCCAUCUUGUGGAAACUCUUGUAAUCCACUGCAAACAUGUUACAACCUUGGAAAGCCAGAGAUGAGGAAGUGGAUCCAGGACUUUGUGAACACUUCCAAGCAAGGAACUGGAGUUUAUCCAGUGAUUUACAGCACUGCGGACUGGUAUAACACAUGCGUGGGGACUUAUGGGGACUUUAGCAGUGUCUGCCCAUUUUGGCUCGCUUGUUAUUGUCCCAUGGUGACCACUUAUCCUUACAACUGGAAAGUAUAUACGUUUUGGCAGUACGCCGACUCGGGAACGUUUCCUGGCGAUCAGAACGUGUUUAAUGGGCCUUACUCUCUACUGCAGAAGCUCGCCAAAGGCUGA